AUGUCAGUUGACAUGUUUUUAAACCACCCUUGCCAUAUUUUGACACGUCUUGCUAAUAACCAACAGCUUUUAGCCCCUGCAACAGAAGCACUUAACUCACCGUGCUUGUCUGGUCCAAUUACUGAAUACAGCUGGGCAGAAGGUAUAGCCCUCAUGUCCAUCUUUUUCAUGUUUUUCGUUGAACUUAUGGCUACUCGAUUUGAGACAUUAAGACACGAAAGCCAAGAUUUGGAGACAGUUAACCUCUUUAUCAAAUCACAAUUUAAAGUUGGGAAAAGCUCGAAUAACGCGUGUACCCUUCCAUCCAGUCAUCAAACGCGUCCAGCUAAUGGUGUUGAAGAACAGGGGUUGCGGGACCCCACAUUUGAUGACGCCAUGGCCGGCACAGAAAAUGAUGUCUUAGUCUCACCUACCUCUGUAAACCACGAGAUCGCUUAUGAUGACAAUCUUGCGGUUCAACUCACGGCUAUAUUCAUUCUUGAAUUUGGUAUACUUUUCCAUUCCAUCUUUAUAGGGCUCACCCUAGCUGUCACGCCUAACAAGGAUUUCAAUAUCCUCUAUGUCGUCUUAACUUUUCAUCAAACCUUUGAAGGUCUUGGUCUAGGAACUCGACUGAUAGAUAUCGCAUCGCAACCCAAAAAAACUUGGAUUUUCUGGGUCCUAGCCUUGGCGUUUAGUCUUACAACGCCUGCAUCAAUUGCUCUUGGGCUGGGUAUUCACGAAUCUUUCUCACCAGAUAGCCAGUCGAUGUUGAUGGUCAAUGGUAUUUUCGAUUCCAUAAGUGCAGGAAUCCUCAUUUACACGGGCCUGGUAGAACUUAUGGCUCACGAAUUUAUGUUUAAUCCUACCAUGCGUACCGCUCCAAUGACCACGGUUCUAUUUGCCUUUCUCAACAUGUGUCUGGGAGCAGGGCUAAUGGCAAUGUUGGGGAAAUGGGCAUGA